UAAUUAUUAUGUAAGCUGUACAGUAGUAGAUCUACUUGCCUCAGUUCAACUGUAGAUCUACUCUGUAGUGACAGAGGACGAUUUUCUUGUUACUCCUCAGUCUCCAAUGCAGUCUCCUACAGAAUCAGCACAUGUGCAGUCGCUAGUCGGUCCUGUAGAUCUACUCACUGAGUAGAUCUGCUGUGGUAAAGUAACGUUAGUUUUGAAGGAACGAUACUGAGUCCCAGGCCAUGGGCCGAUGCAGGGGGCGAUUACUUGGUGACACGGCUAGGCUGAUGUGAAGCUAGAAGUCAGCCAAGACUGAAGUUCAGAUCUACGAGUAGAUUCGACACUGGAGCCGCCGAGGUUCACUGGAAACGUACCAUCAUUGAACGGUCCAACCGUUCCACUGUGAAUGCGACUUGGAACAAUUUUUUUUGUGGUGAAGGCUUGCUGGAUCUUGUCAUCGAUACGUAGCAGUUGGGACUGGAGAUCGAGAAUAGGAUGGCUGGCCAUGUUCGUCGCAGUAUUCCCACGAUGGUUCUUCUGGGAGUAGCGCUGGUGGUAGUGGUACUCUGCCCUGCGGUGGUGGUGCUGGCUGUUUCCGCAGCUACUGUGCCGCCGGCAGUGUACGCUGACCUUCCGGCUUGUCGCGCGGAACACGAUCACGACGUAGGUCAAGCCGUGUCGCAAACUGGACUAAACAUCAGCGUGCAGUUUAGCAGUCAUGCGGGCAGUGGUCAGAUACUCGGCGUGAACAAUCCUUCUGGUCCACGCUUUACCCUGUUCGUUGACGAUUACAGCUUGGCGUUCGCCCUGUACGAGAGUGGAAGCGUGGUUUUGUACACGCUCCGACCACCUCGUGCAACAUUCAACGGGCGAGUUCACGCAUUGCUGAUGACCCUUGUCAGGAAAGAGGAUGGUCGUCCGGAAAUGCAAUCUCUGCUGCUGGAUAACACAACCUAUGAGUGGAGGGAGGUUGCUAAGAACAAUGCCAGCAGUGCAUCAAGUGCAGCGGCUCCAGUGCCUUCGCCAAACGCCUUCAGUAGCUGGGACGCGUGUAUCUAUGGUAUGGCGGUGAAUGGCAAGAUUUCUGAUCCGACGCGCACAACCAAGAUGCGAUUGUUUGCCGAUGGAGCGUGGUGCUGCGACAAGCAUGCGGCUGGCAAUCAGUUCAUAGGAUCGCCAUCGACUGGUUUGGAGAACAGUUGUGGCUGUGGACGCAAGACAAUGUCAUGCAUGCAAGACAGCCUAAUUGCAUCCUUCCCUGGAGAUGCUAACAUCUACUUGCCUGCAUUGCCCGUUGAUGUACGCUGUGAUACCAAAGAGCACCCGCUCACCGUUUUGCAAAUUGAGUUUCAGCUCUCGUCUCAAACCAACAGUGCUCUGCUGCUGAAGCUGCAGUCGCAACGUGACGUGUUCGUUCAGGUCAUGCAGUUUGGGAAUAAAGUGUUAGCUGCCCUCUUGCAGAAAAGCAAGUCAACAGUGAUCAUGUCCAACGCACUGCCACUGAGCGACUCCUGGGUGCGCGUUGCUGUGUACAUUCGACGGACAGCCAUUCACCUGCUCGUCAACGCCGAAGCCUACACGGCCGUGUAUCAGCCCAUGCUGCUGCGCGACGAGUGGCGAUCACUGCGCUGGUCUGUUCUGGUGGGUGGCGGCGGCAAUACAAUUGGAUUAUCUCCCGGUGGUGACAAUUAUUAUGGCUGCAUGAGACGUGUGUAUGUGGAUGGAAACCAUGUUCUGAAACUAGCAAGCAUUGGAGCAGGAGAAACUCAAUCCCAAACAAUCCGCCAGGGACAAGUAACAUUUGGCAGUCGCUGUGAGCCUAAACUAUACCGCUGUAAUAACGAGGCCCUGCUGCUCCUGUCCAAGAAGUCAUCCUUGCUGAUUUCCGAUACUAGGCUGAAACAGCUGGAAAGCAUAGCGUUUAGCUUCAGGACUGCCCAGCACAACAGCACAGUGCUAGGCUUCCUCGAUGCGCAGAGCACAGAUCCUCCUGCCGGGGGUGUUUUCAUCAGCAACAGCCUGCUGUGUGUGCAUAUCGGAGCACAGAGCAGGUGUUCGCAGAAGAGCUAUAGCGACAAGCAAGUACAUGCAGUGAAAAUCUGGCAAACUCGCACGCAGCUGGUCAUGCAAGUAGAUGAGAAAGAGCAAGUCGAACUGGAAGCACCCUCACUGCCAUCAAGUCCAAAGCUAAUAGGUGGCUUGAACGCCUCACAGGUACUUGUUGGCGGGCCUGAAAGCAGAUGUGUCAACACUGCAGUCGGCACAGGACACUUUCCAGCAUUGGGUCAUUUCGUGGGGUGCAUUGGACAGCUGCGCAUCAAUGGGCUUUGCUUUUCAGCCGAAGCUGACUUCCCCUGCUCGUCACAGCGCUACCUGGCCGCAAAUGCUACUAAUUCCUCGUGGCCUGUCACUGAUGGCAGCAUCAGCAGCUGUGAUCAUGAUUUCUGUGCUGGACAGGAAUACUGCCGGAACUCUGGCGCAUGCCAGUCGUCGUGGACUGGCCCAACAUGCAACUGCCAGCAGACAGGGUAUUACGGACCAAUGUGCCAGCAUGAAUCGACAAUGGUGACUUUACGCUGUGAUCAUUUCCUACACUUGGACACGAGUCGGUUGAACACAACUGCAGGACUUUCGGUCAUGUUCAGGUUUGACAAUACCGAUCCAGACACUGCAGUUGCUCUGUUGGCUGCAUAUGACCCUGCCGGUCGGCCAAUCCUAGUCAUUGAGAAAUCAGCAGGGGGAUUUUUCAUGGCUAUUCCUCAACGGCAAACCUACUCAUGGGCAAGCAGUCGCAACACUUUCCUGCCGGCAAGUCGCAGUCGGGGUUUUGUGCACCUGAUGGUAUCCAGUGACAGUGUCACGCUGGACGUGCAGGGAAAGCAGGCACAGAUUCUGCUCUUCCUGCCCCUGGAAAUCACGGCGGUGGUGAUCGGUAAAUAUCGGCCGAUCGAGGAACUGACUCUGGUGACCGGCCGAAUCCCCAAGCCCCUGUGCGGGUAUAUCAAUGAGGUUCUCGUCAACGGUGACCAUGUCCUGGACGGCUACCCCACACCCACGAAUGACAUUGUGCGAGGCACGGCUCUCCUGGGAUUGCACUCAAUGGUGACUCACCCAGUGUUUCUGCAGAACAGUCACGUCCGCUCAACCAUCAGCCCUCCCACGACCCAGGUUGCUGUCUCGGUGGAGUUUCGCAUUACAAAAAGCACCGACUUGCAUAUAGUGCGCAUGCAAGAUUCACAGAAGAAUAUCGUGUUCAUCACCCUUACCGAAAGCAACAUGUUGACGUUAGACAAUCGGCAAACGGGAACUAGCCAGCCAUUUGCAAUGUCUUGGAGUACGAUACCGGACUUUCACGAUGGACAGUUACACGUACUUCUUGUGUACUUGAUGAAUGGCUAUAUGAAGGUCGUACUGGACGGUUUCAAGUCUAGUCCUCUCAAUGUGACCGGCUCUGGUUCCAUAACGGAUGUACGCUUCGGUGCACGGAAUUUUGUUGGGUGUUUGAGCAGUGCGGUCGUGAACGGAAUGGAAGUUGACCUGCGGAACCAGGGCAAUGCGUCUGUGAAGCACCUGAACUACUGUCCAAGUUGUGUACCGGAAAGAUCAUGUAACCUGGGCUAUUGCAUAAAUGUCGCAAGCAGCAACAGUUUUGAGUGCAGAUGUGCAAGCAAUGGAGAUACGGACAGAUAUUGCCGAUCCUCCGAGCCGUCAACACUUCCGAAAAGCCCAACGCUGCAGAGCGGAACACUGAACGGAAUUGAACUGGCUCAGUCUGGUUCUGGAUCGACCGGUUUCUCGUUGCUCUUUCUGAUUAUCCUGGUAGUCUUCGCCGCGCUCAUUAUCAUUGCUCUUGUCGUCUACUUUCAGCGGAGGUAUGUCCAUCGCCAUAAUGGUCACUACUACCCGCAGCAAACACCGAUAGACAGCGCAGAUGGCAGAGCAAACCAAUUCGAAGAGUGUCUGUAGAACUGAGCCUGUGCAAAUCAGCAAGGCACACAUCAGCCAGACAGCAUGGAUUCCAUUAGAUAGCUUACGUUCACUUGGUAGCCUUCAGCAGCAAACAAUCACGGCGUAUUAAACAGGCAAUGUUCUGUGUUGAAUGCGAGCUCUUUGGCACCGAUCCACUCGAUAAAAUUAAUAGGUGACUUGCGUUAGUCUACGGUCGGCUAUAAGUAUCAGUACUACUUCUGAAGUAUGUUUCUGAAUACAAGGCGCACUGCACACAUUUUCUCAUUGAAGCCGUUUCGUAUCUUUUCUGCAAGAUGCUGUAACUGUUACUGAGUCAAAGUGCUGUGAACUGAAUCAGGUCAAACUGUGCUGACAGCUGCAAUCAUAAGCACCAGUAGGUGCUCCAUCGCAGUCAUAAGCACCAGUAGGUGCUCCAUCGCAGUCAUAAUGCGUGUCGCUGGUGCUUGGGUAGCCAUUGCUGUGGUGCCCAUGCCUAACUUAGAUACUUCUCUCAUUGCCAAUAACACGUACACCAAUCAAUCACCUUGUUAACCUCCAUCGGCUAAUAUUACUGUACAAGGCUGUGUACCCUGUACACUGUACACUGCACAUGAUGCUAGGUAGAGUUUGUUUCUUGUAUGCAGUAUCAUCCAGUGUACUUUUAAAAUAAGGUUUAUGUACUCUUGC